CCCCCCGUGUGCUGGGUUUACAGGCGUGUUGCUACGCCCUCCGUAAAAAUAAAUGUUUUUGCGGUGGGGAGACCAGGUCUGUUAAAUUAGUUGCUGCCCGAACUGAGCGCAGACUUGGCGAUCUUGCCUCGGCCUCCCCGAGUGCUGCUGAGAUGACAGGCUUGCACCCGGCAUGCCGGACUUAAACUGUAGUUGUACUCUGCCCUCCCGUCCCUCACCCGGGAGACUAGUGCUCCCCCGAAUCGGGCCUUUCUCCUUUGAGCUCUCUGGCGUACAGUGUGGCUGGCAGUGUGCUUAGUCAAGUGGCAGGGCCUGGGCUAGCACACCCUGAGCCCUUUUUUGUUUGUAUGUGUGAAGCAUUUAUUUUGGAGGUAGGGUUUCACUGUAUCGUUAAUGCCGGCCUUGAACCCACUGUGUACCCCAAGCCGGCCAUCCCAGAGGAGGAAGAGCCCAGGCAGCCGUGUCCACGAAGAAACUUAGAGCUGAGCCCUUUGCCACUGAUGUGGCAAGGUGCUGAGCUGCUUUCUGCUGCUGCUGCUGCUGCAGUGGGAGGUUAAUGUCUGGUUGCUUCCUCACUUUUGCCUGACAGGCUAAACAUGCCUCCCCUAGGCUUCCCAGGCUUUCCCCUUCAGGAAGCUCCUGAGGAGAAGCACCUGGCCAGCUGUCUGACGUGUCUUGCAUUUCAGGUCUAAAGGGCGGUGGCCCCAGUGGCGGUGGCAGCGGUGGUAUGAACGGGACUUCUUUCAGCUACACAUUCCACGGAGACCCGCAUGCUAUGUUUGCGGAGUUUUUUGGGGGGAGAAAUCCCUUUGACACCUUCUUUGGGCAGCGGAAUGGGGAAGAAGGCAUGGAUAUUGAUGACCCAUUUUCUGGCUUCCCCAUGGGCAUGGGUGGCUUCACCAACGUGAACUUCAGUCGCUCCCGCCCUGCCCAGGAACCUGCCCGCAAGAAACAAGAUCCCCCUGUCACCCACGACCUUAGGGUCUCCCUUGAAGAAAUCUACAGCGGCUGUACCAAGAAGAUGAAAAUCUCCCACAAGCGGCUGAACCCUGACGGAAAGAGCAUUCGAAAUGAAGACAAAAUCCUGACCAUCGAAGUGAAGAAGGGUUGGAAGGAAGGGACCAAAAUUACCUUCCCCAAAGAAGGCGACCAGACCUCCAACAACAUUCCUGCCGACAUUGUCUUUGUUUUAAAGGACAAGCCACACAAUAUCUUCAAGAGAGAUGGCUCGGAUGUCAUUUAUCCUGCCAGGAUCAGCCUUCGGGAGGCUCUUUGUGGCUGUACAGUGAACGUCCCCACUCUGGAUGGCAGGACCAUACCUGUCGUGUUCAAAGAUGUCAUCAGGCCUGGCAUGAGGCGGAAAGUUCCUGGAGAAGGUCUCCCCCUCCCAAAGACACCGGAAAAACGAGGGGACCUUGUCAUCGAGUUUGAAGUGACAUUCCCAGAAAGGAUUCCACAGACAUCCAGAACCAUCCUUGAGCAGGUUCUUCUGAUAUAGCCAGCUGUGUUCCCGAGGACUGACAGGGACUUUUCCAGAGCUCAAGGUUCUCCAGACCAUGCUGCCCCCCCCCCAACGGUGGCUGCACAAGGGCGGGAGGGCCCAGGGAGGGUUAUUGUGCUGCUGGGUGUUUCCAGAGAAUAUAUUGCAAUCUUUCAAAGUUGUGCUUAAGUGGUUUUUCAAGUGACAGGGUGGCAAGCGAUGGGACCAGCAGGAAAAGCCAUCCAGUCUCCCUGAUGGGUCCCUCAGCCCUCUUGGUGUGGGCCCAUCCUCUGCUCCCACAGCUGGACUCAAU